AUGGCUAUCACCCCUGACAAACAGAAGAAAGAACAACAGCAUCAACCACAGAACGGACCGCUCGACUAUGCUCACAUAUGCAAGUGUAUUGCAAUGUUCUUUGUCGUUGCGGGCGUGGUGCUGAUGUUCUUCGAGACCGGGUUGGACCCAGAACAAAAAGAGCAAAUCAAGCGUCUCCACCAGUUGGACGGCAUUCCUCACGCUUGA